AUGUCUAUGGCGCAGCGCACCAAUAUAAGACUUGGCCGACUCAAUUCGUCGAGCGUGAGACCUAGCUUGCUCCAGCAGAUCAGACUGAUAGUCUCCAAGUCUAGCCCAUUGCCAGCUCCAAACAAGCCAAGAGCUUUAAAAAUUGCGCACAACUUAACUCCGCACGCAAGAUUAUACACAACACAGCCCAAUAUCUCCGAUACACCUACUAAGCUAAAGGAGACUCUCACCCCUGCUCUCCUCGAAGACGUCCGAAAUUUCUGGUUCAGCCACAUCAACGAUGAAGAAUCUUUAAUUCUACCCGGUGGAAACGAGAUGCAACGUUGGUUCACCCGUGAUAUAAACUUUGACAAAGCCUGUGUCACCCAAUUCCAACCAGCCCUAGAAGCAAUCAUCGAAACAGGAGCCACAGCUCCCCAAAUCCUAUCAGCAGUAAACCCCACCCCCCUAACCUAUCUCUCCCUCCUCCUGCUACUAGACCAAGUAUCCCGGAACUGCUACCGCGGCGAAGAAUCCAAGCUCGUCUUCACGCGCUUCGAUCCCUUAGCCUCAGAAAUAGCCGUCCAAGCACUUUCUCUCGGUAUCCCACUUAGUCCCGAGAUACGGUACAAAGUAGCCUACCGAUUUUGGUUCCCGUUACCGCUCAUGCACUCUGAAGCAUUAAGUGUGCAUCAGCAAGCUAUAAAGGUCCUUGAGGAGAAGGUGCGUGAUUUUGAGGCCUUCUUAGAUAUGGAGAGGGAUUCUUUGGGGCAAGAUGAGAAGAGAUGUUUUGAUGUUUUGCGGCCCAAGAAAAAUAUGGUGAAAGAGGUUUUGGAGCGGAAUUUGGAUUUUGAGAGGAGGCAUCUUGUUAUUAUUGAGCGGUUUGGGAGGUAUCCGCAUCGGAAUGAUGCGUUGGGGAGGGUUUCUACGAAGGAGGAGGUGGAGUAUUUGGAGAAUGGUGGAGAGACAUUUGGGUAG